CCCCUCAGCUGCUCCAUUGAGAAUAUCAGUACGUCCUGCACAGGAGCAUGAACUUGCAGUGCAGUCGGGGCUCACCAGCAGCAGACCCAAACAUGAAUGACUCCGGAGGUGUUGGUCUGAUUUGCGCCACAUAGUUGAGGGGAUAGCCUUCAAACAGUCAGCGGGAUAUGGGGACAGAGAGUGAGAGUAUGCUGCUGCUUGCGGCAAAGGCUUUCCAGUGUAAAAACUUCGAGCUAGCGGCGGAUAUUUACGAGUGCCACCUUGCGGGUCUCGGAGACCCAGGAAGCCGGCAGGAGCUGAUGGUAAAGCGUGCUGACGCGCUUGCCUUCGGGGGCAAACUCACCGAAGCUUUCGAUAUGUACCGACAAGCCUCGGAGAUAGAGAGACUGAAACCUGCUCACCUGGACAACCUCGUAGAGUACCUGUCGGGCAGUAUCAGGAGGCAGCACCGGGGUCACAGUCAAAACAGGGGCCCGGUGAGACGAGAGGAGGCAGAGGCGGCGUUGGCAACGGAAUGCCAGGCUGUUGGAGCUACAGGUUGCGGGUACGAAGACCUCUCCUGCCGGAUAUGUCUGAGCUUUCUGUUCGAGCCCGUUACCCUGCCGUGCGGACACUGCUUCUGUAAAGCAUGUCUGGAGAGGGAGAGGAAGGAGAGGUCGGUUAUGUGUAAGGAGUGCAAGGACAGCUUCAGGGUCCAGAGUUACCGGGUCAAUGUGGUCCUCAGCAACCUGUUGGCCAAGUGGUUCCCGACCUCGCACCAGGCCGGCCAGCUGAGGCGAGAGGGCAACGGACUGUACGCCGAGAAGAAGAUGGAAGCAGCGCUGGAGAAAUAUAACCAAGCCAUACUGAUAGCACCCAUGGACCACAAACUGUUCAGUAAUCGCUCCCAGAUUCACUCCAGUCUCAGACACUUUGAAAAGGCCCUGAGAGAUGCUGAGAUGGCCUGCAGACUGAUGCCUCACUGGUCCAAGGGUCACGUUCGUAAGGCCCAGGCCCUCGUGUUGCUGGGCAGGACAGAGGAGGCUCUGAGAGAAUACCUGGUCUGCCUGUCCAUAGAUCCUGACUGCAGACUGGCCAAGACUGAGGUUCACAAGCUCCUCAGUGAUCUUCUGGCUCCAGUUACAGAUCAGGUCCCUGAACACAUCUCAGACUACACAAACAUACUGUCCUUCAGAGCACACAUCAAGAACAACAUCAACACUUGGUCCCAGACCUUUACUCCCAGCUUGUUGUCAUCGGAGUUCAGCCUUACCUUCACUCCUCCUGCACCUGAGAAGUCUGAGAGAUGUGAGGUCAAAGAUCAGCAAGAGCUUGUGGACAGGAGGCAGGAUUACAGUUUCGCCCUCAAGAGGAAACGGAGGAGCCGAGAGGAGGAGAAGGUGGAGAAGGGAGGACAGGGGAAGAGUGACGAUUCCAAAAAAUCCAAGUGUGAUUCAGCAGAGGUGACUGAUUCAUUCACUUCUGGGGUCAAUGAAAUCAUGGACCCAACAGAUCUGGAGUGUUCUCUUUGUAUGAGACUUUUCUAUGAGCCAGUGACGACACCGUGCGGUCACACUUUCUGUCUUCAGUGUCUGGAGAGAUGUCUGGACCAUAACCCAAAGUGUCCACUCUGUAAAGAGGAGCUGUCUGAGUAUCUGGUCCAGAGGCAGUACUGUAAGACAGUAUUAAUGGAGAAGCUGAUAUCCAAGUACCUUCCCUCUGAGCUCAUAGAAAGACAGAUAAUCCAUCAGGAAGAGAUAGCUGAGCUCUCCAAUCUUAACAAGAAUGUGCCUAUAUUCGUGUGCACCAUGGCCUUCCCCACUGUGCCGUGUCCCCUCCAUAUCUUCGAGCCGUGCUACCGACUGAUGAUUCGCCGAUGCAUGGAGACAGGAACCAAAUGCUUUGGCAUGUGUCUGGGAGACAACCUGAAGGGGUUUGCCAGCUACGGGUGCCUGUUGGAGAUCCGCGAUGUGAAGUUCUUCUCCGACGGCCGUUCAGUUGUGGACACCAUCGGCAGGCGUAGGUUUAAAGUCAUUCAGCACAGCGAGAGGGAUGGAUACAACACAGCUGAUAUAGAGUACCUGGAGGAUGUUACGGUAGAGGGCGUGACAGAGCAGGAGCUGCAGUCUCUGCAUGACACGGUGUACGACCAGGCCCUGGUGUGGGUCAACUCCCUGAAGGCUGAGCAGAGGGAACGCAUUGAAGGACACUUUGGACCCAUGCCUGGGAAAGACUCUGUGCUUCAGUGCAGUCCUAACGGUCCCUCGUGGUGCUGGUGGUUACUAGCCGUUCUUCCAUUAGAAGGCCGAGCCCAGCUGCCCUUCCUGGCCCUCACCUCUUUGAAAGACCGCCUCAGCGGCAUCCGCAAGGUGCUGCGCUACAUGGCCCACAGCAGGCAGCGGUGACAUGCAACAAGCAUUCACCCACCUGGAAAAUGCAGUAAACCACCUUCCCAGCAAACACUUUCCACCACAGCAGCAGUUGACCUGUUGCUCUUUCUUUUGAUGCACAAAGAACUGAUGUUGAUGUUGCUGCGCCCUUCCUUCGCCGUCCCAUUCAGAAAGCAGCGCUGGACUCCAUCUACACAUCAACAUCAAACUUUAAGUUUAGAAAAUCAAAACAAAUAUAAAUCUGAAUAAAUAGUUCUCUUCCAUGCACAAUAAACAAUAAAACCAACCAUUCAGACCUGCAGGCUAAAGCUGUGUUCAGGCAGGAUGGAAAGACGUGGCACUUUGAAGCUUCAUUGGAUUUGGGUUUAAAGCAAACAUCACCUUCCAUUUAAUGUCACUGUGUUAUUGCUAAUGCGCACGUUUCAAGUAUAUGUUUUUGUCUAGCAUCUGCAUUUGUACAGCAAAAAAUAUUGUUGUUCUAAUAUGUUGUUGGUCCAGGAUUCACUGUUGUGGCCCACCUCCAUUUUUGUAGUUCUUUGUUCUUCCCCUUCAUAAGUGUUGCACGAAGCCACACCAAAACAACAGGCAAGCUUUGCAGUCUGAUUUGAGUGAUUCAACUGAUCUGCCUGUCUGAACAUAGCUUUAAAGCACAGAAUCAAGUGGAGCCAAGAGGUAACUGAUGUUAAUUCAACCAACCAGAGUCCCUAACUUGUAUGUUUUUAAAUGCACUCAGAAAUUCUGCAAGAAACCAAACAAUGAAUUUGCCUUUUUGUGUAAAUGGACUCACCUCAGCUGAGUGAAUAAUUAUAAUAGAACUGAUUAGACCUGAUUAAUUAUACUGAUUGAAACUUCCAUCUGGGAUUGAAAUCUCAUGCUAAAUGCUGCAUCAAUUACUAAGCUAGACAUUUACAGAUAAACCUAUGUGUUUACCAGCCUGCCACCGACACCACAAGUUUAACAAUGAUCCUUUCUGAUAGCUCCUCUGUUUUCUUUCCUUCUUUUCUUGCUUCCUUUCAUUUCCAUCCCUAUCUGACUGUCCAUCCUGCAGCUGAAUAACUACGAACUGAGCCUUGUUGGCGUGCUUAAAGGCUUGUGUUUUAUU